CCUCCGCCGCCGCAGCUCCCUCUCUCUGUCCCUUCUCAGUUCUGCGCCUUCUCUGUUGCUAACUGUGCGUUUUUUGAGGGGUAGACAUGGUGGGAAGCAUGGGCAACAGUUUCAUGGAUUCGCGGGAGGAGGAGGAGGAGAAGACGGAGCUGCUGUGGCCGGAGGAGCUCGAGCUCGCCAAUGGCAAGGCGUCGGAGUCGAACGGGGCCGGCGAGGACAGGGCGAUCGUGCUGGGGAGGAACAUGCACACCGUGUCCUUCGCCAUCAAGGAGCCGGAGUCGGACGACGAGCUCACCGGGGAGCGAGAAGGCUACAUGGCCAGCGUGCUCGCCAAGUACCGCAAAUCCCUCGUCGAAAGGACCAAGCAUCACUUGGGCUACCCAUACAAUCUGGACUUGGACUACGGGGCACUGAGCCAGCUACAGCACUUCUCCAUCAACAACCUCGGCGAUCCCUUCAUCGAGAGCAACUACGGCGUGCACUCCAGGCAGUUCGAAGUGGGUGUGUUGGACUGGUUCGCUCGCCUCUGGGAGCUGGAGAAGCACGAAUACUGGGGCUACAUCACCAACUGCGGCACCGAAGGAAACCUUCACGGCAUUCUUGUGGGGAGGGAGAGUUUUCCGGAUGGGAUUCUCUACGCGUCGAGGGAGUCUCACUACUCGGUGUUCAAAGCAGCAAGGAUGUACAGGAUGCAGUGCGUGAAGGUGGACACUCUGACAUCCGGCGAGAUCGACUGCAUGGACUUUCGAGCGAAGCUGCUGGAUCACAAGGACAAACCGGCCAUCUUAAAUGUCAACAUCGGAACGACUGUGAAGGGAGCAGUCGAUGAUCUCGAUGUGCUCAUACAGACUCUCGAGGAGAGUGGGUUUAAGGACAGAUUCUACAUUCAUUGUGAUGGUGCUCUGUUUGGGCUCAUGUUGCCCUUCGUCACGCGUGCACCCAAGGUGACGUUUAAGAAGCCGAUAGGGAGCGUGAGCGUGUCGGGUCACAAGUUCGUGGGAUGCCCCAUGCCCUGCGGCGUCCAGAUAACGAGGUUGAAGCACAUCAAUGCCCUGGCGAGCAACGUCGAAUACCUGGCGUCCAGGGACGCCACCAUCAUGGGCAGCCGCAAUGGCCACGCCCCGCUCUUCCUCUGGUACACCCUCAACCGGAAGGGGUACCGGGGAUUCCGGAAGGAGGUCCAGAAGUGCCUGCGCAACGCGCAUUACCUGAGGGACCGGCUCAUGGCGGCGGGGGUGGGCGCCAUGCUCAACCAGCUCAGCAGCACCGUGGUGUUCGAGCGGCCCAAGGACGAAGGGUUCGUCCGCCGCUGGCAGCUCGCCUGCGAGGGCAACAUCGCCCACGUGGUCGUGAUGCCCAGCGUCACCAUCGAGAAGCUCGACGACUUCUUGGACGAGCUGGUCGCCGGGAGAUCCGCCUGGUACCGAGACAGGAGCCGCCCCUCUCCUUGUAUCGCUGCAGAGAUCGGGCAGGAGAACUGUCUCUGCAGUAUGCAUAAGAAGUAAUGUUUCGUGAUUUGAUCAAGAAGAAUAAAACAUCCAACAUUUGUUUUCUUCUGAAAGAAAA